CAUGUGCGCGGAAGACACCGUGAAAUGUGUAUAUUUUCGCGGAAUGAGUUGAAGAGAAUCAGGUGACUGAUAAAUAAUUGAGUGCAAAACUGGCCUCAAGGUUUUUGUGUUCAACAAGUAUUAGAAGAGUCCCCUCGUGAGGUGAACAAAGAGGCUACUCCUCUGAUGGAGGAAGCUCCUAAAGGAACAUUUGAAGAUGAACUGGAAUGGUGUAUUUCUCAGCUGGAAAAGGGGCUUCUGCACCUUAGUCCCACUGCAAGACAAGUAUCAGACACUCAGAGGAUUCUACGAGUCCUGCGCUCUCGAAAAGCUCCCUUCGUAAAGAAAAGAUCGGUAAUGAACCAAGUCUUCGGUAAUUACCGUCUUAAAAUGGCAGAGGAAAGAAAGGCCCUAGAGAGCGCUGCUCACACCACCAGUCACGCACACAUUCAGGAACACGCGGCCCAGGAUUCAGGGAGCGUGGCAUAUAGGAAAUGUUCAAAGGAGGCAUCAGGAAGUUCUGGUCAUUGGUUCACUCCGUCUGACAACAGCUUCCGUUUCGGCUUCAGCCCUGAGGAACUGGAUCAAAGUGGGCAGGGUGGGUCUGAGGAUGCUGCCAAAGAACAACAAGAAUUCCUCAGGGCAGGGGACAAUAAGGACUGCGAUCAAGGCAGCAUUUUGACCAGUAGUUCAGGGUUUGCCUUCAAUUUCCAGAUCCCAGAGAAGGAUGGUGAAUGUUCACAUAUCCAACAAGGUUCUGUACAGGAGGCAUGCAAUGAAACCAUUAGACCGCCAUCCCCAGAGGUCAAGAAUGUAGCCAAAGAGGAAGAAUUCCAAAGCCACAGAGCUGUGGGCAGCACAAAGGACAUCAAAAGAGUAGAUGCCUCCUCAGACAAUAAUGUAAAGCCUGAGGUGUCAGGGAAAAAUUCAGGAGACUCACCGAGGAAAAAAAAGAAAAAAGGGUCUCAUGGGAAGAAACCCACUGAGGCCAAUCAAACUGGGAACAAAGAUAAAAAAGCAGGGGAAUGUGUAUGUCCUACAGAGGAGUCAAAGACUGGCGAAGAUGACCUGCGCAGAGAACUUGACUGGUGUGUGGAACAGCUAGAGAUGGGACUGCAGAGACAGAAAUCUACACCCAAGCAAAUGGAAGAAGCCUUACGUGCUGUGAAAAUAUUGCGUAGCGAGAAAACAGCGUUGGUGAGAAAGCGCCAGGUUAUGCGCACAAUGUUUGGUGACUACAGGCGGAAGAUGGAAGAGGAGAGACAGAAACAGCUGAGGCUGAUGCAAACUGCUGCAAAAUCUGCACGGAUAAGUGAAGUGGCCACAGGAACCAGACAGAACCGGAGUAAAGUGUUUCGCCAGUGCCUACAGAACUCCAGCAGAACCCAGCAAAUAUGUUCUAGCUCUUCGCCUUCUCCAGAGUCGCUUCAGAAUGAUUUAACUGCUGGGACAUCUAACGGUACCUCCAGUCAAGAGCGGUUUGUUUUCAGGCCGUCUGAGGAGCCUUUCUGCUUUAACUUCAUCUAAGCGUAAGGUGGAGAAUCAGUGCACUUCAACUCCUAAUUUAUUAUGCAGACUUCAAUGCCCAUUAUAAUUUCAUUGCCUUCAUUUCAUUGUUUAGAAAUAAGUCGCUGGCAGCACGCAGUGCGCAAUAAAAGCCAAAGUGCCACAUUUUUAAACCCAGUGGGUUGGUAAAGGUUUCAACUGUGAUAUAUUUUUCUUCAUAAAUGAUUUGUGUUAAGGAGUUUGCAGGUGAUGAGGUUGAAAAACACUUACUGUACAAUAAACACUGCUCUGUUACCCAUGUUUUAUUUCUUUUUAUAUGGUUCUGAAUAUUCUUCCUAUAUUUUGAUACAGAUACCUACUACCUACUGUGAUUCAGUAUCCCCUGAAGGGCUCAUAGGUUACAUUAUCAGACUGGAAACCAUGCCAGGACUGGGAUUCAGAAUAGGCCCUGGUAUAUCAAGUACACAGAGGCCAAAACAGCCUCCCCACCAGCCCAAUAAAUAGUGACUGUCUAUGGUAUCUUACAGCAGCCCCUCUGGCAUUUGCCAGAAUCCACAGAUUGCCAGUCCAGGCCUCCUGGAACCAUCUUUUGAUUCCCAGUGUGGCAAAAUGUGAGCAAAGAUUGGAAGCUGGAUUUCUGGAGAACAUGUUUUACCUUGGUCAGAUUUUUGCCAAACCAUGGACCAGGAUUCAUUUAUCCAUAUUACCAAAUAAGGGAGGAGAGAUCGGCCCCAGCCCCUGGGGUUGGGAAUAUCAUGGAUGAGAUUGAGCAAGCUGUGCAAGAGACGGUGGAGCCAGACUACUAUAGCAGGCGCCGGCAGCACCAGGCCGGCUCUCGUGGAAGGCAGUGGUCUGAGCUGACAGGGAGAACUGACACAGACAGCAUGUGAGAAGGUCCGUGCCUUGGAAAUAUGGUGCUUAACUGAGGAGUUGACAACAGCCAAUCAAAAUCCUUUGGCCAACUCUAAAUUUCAUCCGUGUGAAAGAAACCACCAUGAAUGCUUGAUAAAUGAACCCUACCCCACUGACGCGGGUAUUUCUUGCCUUGCGACUGUGACCGUAAUACAGAUUAAAGACCCCAGUGAACACCUGA